ACAGGGGGUUACCAGGGGUUACAGGGGGUUACGAGGGGUUACAAGGGGUUACAAGGGGUUACAGGGGGUUACAAGGGGUUACAAGGGGUGACAGGGGGUGACAAGGGGUUAGAGGGGGUUACAAAGGAUUAGAGAAACUUUUUUCUAACUAGAACGUUCCCAUAUACUUUUUCUUGGUCCAUUUUGCAUAAAAAUCAAAGUUGAAGAAAUCUCGAAUUUUUGAUCAAAACGAUGGACUAACCCCUUUGGAAAAAUUCUAAUUUUGCGUUUUUCGUAAACAGUUGUUUUUAUAGUCUUUAAAGGCUUCUUUUUUAUCUAGAACGUCAGCAAACACCUUUUCUCGAUCUAUUUUUGAUAAAUACAAAAGAUGAAAAAACUUCAACUUUUUGACCAAAAUCAUGGACUAUCCCCUUUGCAAAAAUGCCAAUUUUGCCUUCUUUUUAAAUCCAUGUUUAUAUUGUCUAGAAAGGCUUCUUUUCUAACGAGAACGUCACCAAAUACUUUUUCUGGGUGUAUUUUGCAUAAAACGAGACGUUCACAAAAUUUCCAAUUUUUGACCAAAACCAUGGACUAACCCCUUUGCAAAAAUGCCAAUUUUGUGGGUUUUUCAAAGCGAUGUUUUUCUUGUUCAGAAAGGCUUGUUUGCUAUAUAAAACGUCGAAAAGCGUUUUUUCACGAUUUAUUUUCACGAUCUAUGACAUAAGAAUACAGGGGGUUACAAGCGGUUACAGAGGGUUACAAGGGGUUACAAGGGGUUACAGGGGGUUACAAGGGGUUACAAGGGGUGACGGGGUUAGAAGGGGUUACAGGGGGUUACAAAGGAUUAUGGAGACUUUUUUCUAACUAGAACGUUCCCAUAUACUUUUUCUUGGUCUAUUUUGCAUAAAAAUCAAAGUUAAAGAAAUCUCGCAUUUUUGAUCAAAACGAUGGACUAACCCCUUUGGAAAAAUUCUAAUUUUGCGUUUUUCGUAAACAGUUUUUUUUAUAGUCUUUAAAGGCUUCUUUUUUAUCUAGAACGUCAGCAAACACUUUUUCUCGAUCUAUUUUUGAUAAAUACAAAACAUGAAAAAACUUCAAACUUUGACCAAAACCAUGGACUAACCCCUUUGCAAAAAUGCCAAUUUUGUGGGUUUUUGAAACCGAUGUUUUUCUUGUUCAGAAAGGCUUGUUUGCUAUAUAAAACGUCGAAAAUCGUUUUUUCACGAUUUAUUUUCACGAUCUAUGACAUGGGAAUACAGGGGGUUACCAGGGGUUACAGGGGGUUACAAGGGGUUACAAGGGGUUACAAGGGGUUACAGGGGGUUACAAGGGGUUACAAGGGGUGACAGGGGGUGACAAGGGGUUAGAGGGGGUUACAAAGGAUUAUAGAAACUUUUUUCUAACUAGAACGUUCCCAUAUACUUUUUCUUGGUCCAUUUUGCAUAAAAAUCAAAGUUGAAGAAAUCUCGAAUUUUUGAUCAAAACGAUGGACUAACCCCUUUGGAAAAAUUCUAAUUUUGCGUUUUUCGUAAACAGUUGUUUUUAUAGUCUUUAAAGGCUUCUUUUUUAUCUAGAACGUCAGCAAACACCUUUUCUCGAUCUAUUUUUGAUAAAUACAAAAGAUGAAAAAACUUCAACUUUUUGACCAAAAUCAUGGACUAACCCCUUUGCAAAAAUGCCAAUUUUGUGGGUUUUUGAAACCGAUGUUUUUCACGAUCUAUGACAUGGGAAUACAGGGGGUUACCAGGGGUUACAGGGGGUUACAAGGGGUUACAAGGGGUUACAAGGGUUUACAGGGGGUUACAAGGGGUUACAAGGGGUGACAGGCGAUGACAACGGGUUACAGCGGGUUACAAAGGAUUAUAGAAACUUUUUUCUAACUAGAACGUUCCCAGAUACUUUUUCUUGGUCUAUUUUGCAUAAAAAUCAAAGUUGAAGAAAUCUCUAAUUUUUGAUCAAAACGAUGAACUAACCCCUUUGGAAAAAUUCUAAUUUUGCGUUUUUCAUCCUUUUUCUGGGUGUAUUUUGCAUAAAACGAAACGUUCACAAAAUUUCCAAUUUUUCACAAAAACCAUGGACUAAACCCUUUGCAAAAAUGCCAAUUUUGUGGGUUUUUCAAACCGAUGUUUUUCUUGUUCAGAAAGGCUUGUUUGCUAUAUAAAACGUCGAAAAUCGUUUUUUCACGAUUUGUAUUCACGAUCUAUGACAUGGGAAUACAGGGGGUUACAAGGGGUUACAGGGGGUUACAAGGGGUUACAAGGGGUUACAGGGGGUUACAAGGGGUGACAGGGGGUGACAAGGGGUUACAGGGGUUUACAAAGGAUUAUAAAAACUUUUUUCUAACUAGAACGUUCCCAGAUACUUUUUCUUGGUCUAUUUUGCAUAAAAAUCAAAGUUGAAGAAAUCUCGAAUUUUUUAUCAAAACGAUGGACUAACCCUUUUUGGAAAAAUUCUAAUUUUGCAUUUUUCGUAAACAGUUGUUUUUAUAGUCUUUAAAGGCUUCUUUUUUAUCUAGAACGUCAGCAAACACUUUUUCUCGAUCUAUUUUUCAUAAAUACAAAAGAUGAAAAAACUUCAACUUUUUGACCAAAAUCAUGGACUAUCCCCUUUGCAAAAAUGCCAAUUUUGCCUUCUUUUUAAAUCCAUGUUUAUAUUGUCUAGAAAGGCUUCUUUUCUAACGAGAACGUCACCAAAUACUUUUUCUGGGUGUAUUUUGCAUAAAACGAGACGUUCACAAAAUUUCCAAUUUUUGACCAAAACCAUGGACUAACCCCUUUGCAAAAAUGCCAAUUUUGUGGGUUUUUCAAAGCGAUGUUUUUCUUGUUCAGAAAGGCUUGUUUGCUAUAUAAAACGUCGAAAAGCGUUUUUUCACGAUUUAUUUUCACGAUCUAUGACAUAAGAAUACAGGGGGUUACAAGCGGUUACAGAGGGUUACAAGGGGUUACAAGGGGUUACAGGGGGUUACAAGGGGUUACAAGGGGUGACGGGGUUAGAAGGGGUUACAGGGGGUUACAAAGGAUUAUGGAGACUUUUUUCUAACUAGAACGUUCCCAUAUACUUUUUCUUGGUCCAUUUUGCAUAAAAAUCAAAGUUAAAGAAAUCUCGCAUUUUUGAUCAAAACGAUGGACUAACCCCUUUGGAAAAAUUCUAAUUUUGCGUUUUUCGUAAACAGUUGUUUUUAUAGUCUUUAAAAGCUUCUUUUUUAUCUAGAACGUCAGCAAACACUUUUUCUCGAUCUAUUUUUGAUAAAUACAAAACAUGAAAAAACUUCAACUUUUUGACCAAAAUCAUGGCCUAUCCCCUUUGCAAAAAUGCCAAUUUUGCCUUCUUUUUAAAUCCAUGUUUAUAUUGUCUAGAAAGGCUUGUUUUCUAACGAGAACGUCACCAAAUACUUUUUCUGGGUGUAUUUUGCAUAAAACGAAACGUUCACAAAAUUUCCAAUUUUUGACCAAAACCAUGGACUAACCCCUUUGCAAAAAUGCCAAUUUUGUGGGUUUUUCAAAGCGAUGUUUUUCUUGUUCAGAAAGGCUUGUUUGCUAUAUAAAACGUCGAAAAGCGUUUUUUCACGAUUUAUUUUCACGAUCUAUGACAUAAGAAUACAGGGGGUUACAAGCGGUUACAGAGGGUUACAAGGGGUUACAAGGGGUUACAGGGGGUUACAAGGGGUUACAAGGGGUGACGGGGUUAGAAGGGGUUACAGGGGUUUACAAAGGAUUAUGGAGACUUUUUUCUAACUAGAACGUUCCCAUAUACUUUUUCUUGGUCCAUUUUGCAUAAAAAUCAAAGUUGAAGAAAUCUCGCAUUUUUGAUCAAAACGAUGGACUAACCCCUUUGGAAAAAUUCUAAUUUUGCGUUUUUCGUAAACAGUUGUUUUUAUAGUCUUUAAAAGCUUCUUUUUUAUCUAGAACGUCAGCAAACACUUUUUCUCGAUCUAUUUUUGAUAAAUACAAAACAUGAAAAAACUUCAACUUUUUGACCAAAAUCAUGGCCUAUCCCCUUUGCAAAAAUGCCAAUUUUGCCUUCUUUUUAAAUCCAUGUUUAUAUUGUCUAGAAAGGCUUGUUCUCUAACGAGAACGUCACCAAAUACUUUUUCUGCGUGUAUUUUGCAUAAAACGAAACGUUCACAAAAUUUCCAAUUUUUGACCAAAACCAUGGACUAACCCCUUUGCAAAAAUGCCAAUUUCGUGGGUUUUAAAAACCAAUGCUUUUCUUGUUCAGAAAGGCUUCUUUGUUAUAUAAAACGUCGAAAAUCGUUUUUUCACGAUUUAUUUUCACGAUCUAUGACAUGGGAAUACAGGGGGUUACUAGGGGUUACAGGGGGUUACAAGAGGUUACAAGGGGUUACAAGGGGUUACAAGGGGUUACAAGGGGUGACAGGGGGUGACAAGGGGUUACAGGGGGUUACAAAGGAUUAUAGAAACUUUUUUCUAACUAGAACGUUCCCAGAUACUUUUUCUUGGUCUAUUUUGCAUAAAAAUCAAAGUCGAAAAAAUCUCAAAUUUUUGACCAAAACGAUGGACUAACCCCUUUGGAAAAAUUCUAAUUUGGCGUUUUUCGUAAACAGUUGUUUUUAUAGUCUUUAAAGGCGUCCUUUUUUAUCUAGAACGCCAGCAAACACUAUUUCUCGAUCUAUUUUUGAUAAACACAAAAGAUGAAAAAACUUCAACUUAUGGACUAUCCCCUUUGCAAAAAUGCCAAUUUUGCCUUCUUUUUAAAUCCAUGUUUGUAUUGUCUAGAAGGGCAUGUUUUCUAACGAGAACGUCACCAAAUACUUUUUCUGGCUGUAUUUUGCAUAAAACGAAACGUUAACAAAAUUUCAAAUUUUUGCCCAAAACCAUGGACUAACCCCUUUGGAAAAAUGCCAAUUUUGUGGGUUUUUAAAACCAAUGCUUUUGUUGUUCAGAAAGGCUUCUUUGUUAUAUAAAACGUCGAAAAUCGUUUUUUCACGAUUUAUUUUCACGAUCUAUGACAUGGGAAUACAGGGGGUUACAAGGGGUUACAGGGGGUUACAAAGAGUUACAGGGGGUUACAAGGGGUUACAAGGGGUGACAGGGGGUGACAAGGGGUUACAGGGGGUUACAAAGGAUUAUAGAAACUUUUUUCUAACUAGAACGUUCCCAGAUACUUUUUCUUGGUCUAUUUUGCAUAAAAAUCAAAGUUGAACAAAUCUCUAAUUUUUGAUGAAAACCAUGGACUAACCCCUUUGGAAAAAUUCUAAUUUUGCGUUUUUCGUAAACUGUUGUUUUUAUUGUCUUUAAAGGCUUCUUUUUUUAUCUAGGACGUCAGCAAACACUUUUUCUCGAUCUAUUUUUGAUAAAUACAAAAGAUGAAAAAACUUUAACUUUUUGACCAAAAUCAUGGACUAUCCCCUUUGCAAAAAAUGCUAAUUUUGCAUUCUUUUUAAAUCCAUGUUUAUAUUGUCUAGAAAGGCUUGUUUUCUAACGAGAACGUCACCAAAUACUUUUUCUGGGUGUAUUUUGCAUAAAACGAGACGUUCAUAAAAUUUCCAAUUUUUCACCAAAACCAUGGACUAACCCCUUUGCAAAAAUACCAAUUUUGUGGGUUUUUGAAACCGAUGUUUUUUUUGUUCAGAAAGGCUUGUUUGCUUUAUAAAACGUCCAAAAUCGUUUUUUCACGAUUUAUUUUCACGAUCUAUGACAUAAGAAUACAGGGGGUUACAAGCGGUUACAGGGGGUUACAAGGGGUUACAAAGGGUUACAAGGGGUUACAAGGGGUUACAAGGGGUGACAGGGGGUGACAAGGGGUUACAGGGGGUUACAAAGGAUUAUAGAAACCUUUUUGUAACUAGAACGUUCCCAGAUACUUUUUCUUGGUCUAUUUUGCAUAAAAAUCAAAGUUGAAGAAAUCUCUAAUUUUUGAUCAAAACGAUGGACUAACCCCUUUGGAAAAAUUCUAAUUUUGCGUUUUUCGUAAACAGUUGUUUUUAUAGUCUUUAAAAGCUUCUUUUUUAUCUAGAACGUCAGCAAACACUUUUUCUCGAUCUAUUUUUGAUAAAUACAAAAGAUGAAAAAACUUCAACUUUUUGACCAAAAUCAUGGACUAUCCCCUUUGCAAAAAUGCCAAUUUUGCCUUCUUUUUAAAUCCAUGUUUAUAUUGUCUAGAAAGGCUUGUUCUCUAACGAGAACGUCACCAAAUACUUUUUCUGCGUGUAUUUUGCAUAAAACGAAACGUUCACAAAAUUUCCAAUUUUUGACCAAAACCAUGGACUAACCCCUUUGCAAAAAUGCCAAUUUUGUGGGUUUUUCAAACCGAUGUUUUUCUUGUUCAGAAAGGCUUGUUUGCUAUAUAAAACGUCGAAAAUCGUUUUUUCACGAUUUAUUUUCACGAUCUAUGACAUAAGAAAUACAGGGGUUACAAGGGGUUACAGAGGGUUACAAAAGGGGUUACAAGGGGUUACAGGGGGUUACAGGGGUUACAAGGGGUUACAAGGGGUGACAGGGGUUAGAAGGGGUUACAGGGGGUUACAAAGGAUUAUGGAGACUUUUUUCUAACUAGAACGUUCCCAUAUACUUUUUCUUGGUCCAUUUUGCAUAAAAAUCAAAGUUAAAGAAAUCUCGCAUUUUUGAUCAAAACGAUGGACUAACCCCUUUGGAAAAAUUCUAAUUUUGCGUUUUUGGUAAACAGUUGUUUUUAUAGUCUUUAAAAGCUUCUUUUUUAUCUAGAACGUCAGCAAACACUUUUUCUCGAACUAUUUUUGAUAAAUACAAAAGAUGAAAAAACUUCAACUUUUUGACCAAAAUCAUGGACUAUCCCCUUUGCAUAAAUGCCAAUUUUGCCUUCUUUUUAAAUCCAUGUUUAUAUUUUCUAGAAAGGCUUGCUUUCUAACGAGAACGUCACCAAAUACUUUUUCUGGGUGUAUUUUGCAUAAAACGAAACGUUCACAAAAUUUCCAAUUUUUGACCAAAACAAUGGACUAACCCCUUUGCAAAAAUGCCAAUUAUGUGGGUUUUUGAAACCGAUGUUUUUCUUGUUCAGAAAGGCUUGUUUGCUAUAUAAAACGUCGAAAAUCGUUUUUUCACGAUUUAUUUUCACGAUCUAUGACAUGGGAAUACAGGGGUUACAAGCGGUUACAGAGGGUUACAAGGGGUUACAAGGGGUUACAAGGGGUUACAGGGGUUACAAGGGGUUACAAGGGGUGACAGGGGGGUGAGAAGGGGUUACAGGGGUUUACAAAGGAUUAUGGAAACUUUUUUCUAACUAGAACGUUCCCAGAUACUUUUUCUUGGUCCAUUUUGCAUAAAAAUCAAAGUUGAAGAAAUCUCGAAUUUUUGAUCAAAACGAUGGACUAACCCCUUUGGAAAAAUUCUAAUUUUGCGUUUUUCGUAAACAGUUGUUUUUAUAGUCUUUAAAGGCUUCUUUUUUAUCUAGAACGUCAGCAAACACUUUUUCUCGAUCUAUUUUUGAUAAAUACAAAACAUGAAAAAACUUCAACUUUUUGACCAAAAUCAUGGCCUAUCCCCUUUGCAAAAAUGCCAAUUUUGCCUUCUUUUUAAAUCCAUGUUUAUAUUGUCUAGAAAGGCUUGUUCUCUAACGAGAACGUCACCAAAUACUUUUUCUGCGUGUAUUUUGCAUAAAACGAAACGUUCACAAAAUUUCCAAUUUUUGACCAAAACCAUGGACUAACCCCUUUGCAAAAAUGCCAAUUUCGUGGGUUUUAAAAACCAAUGCUUUUCUUGUUCAGAAAGGCUUCUUUGCUAUAUAAAACGUCGAAAAUCGUUUUUUCACGAUUUAUUUUUACGAUCUAUGACAUGGGAAUACAGGGGGUUACAAGGGGUUACAGGGGGUUACAAGGGGUUACAAGGGCUUACAGGGGGUUACAAGGGGUUACAAGGGGUAACGGGGGUGACAAGGGGUUACAGGGGGUUACAAAGGAAUAUAGAAACUUUUUUCUAACUAGAACGUUCCCAGAUACUUUUUCUUGGUCUAUUUUGCCUAAAAAUCAAAGUUGAAGAAAUCUCUAAUUUUUCAUCAAAACGAUGGACUAACCCCUUUGGAAAAAUUGUAAUGUUGCGUUUUUCGUAAACAGUUCUUUUUAUAGUCUUUAAAGGCUUCUUUUUUUAUCUAGAACGUCAGCAAACACUUUUUCUCGAUCUAUUUUUAAUAAAUACAAAAGAUGAAAAAACUUCAACUUUUUGACAAAGAUCAUGGACUAUCCCCUUUUUAAAAAUGGCAAUUUUGCCUUCUUUUUAAAUCCAUGUUUAUAUUGUCUAGACAGGCUUGUUUUCUAACGAGAACGUCACCAAAUACUUUUUCUGGGUGUAUUUGGCAUAAAACAAAACGUUCACAAAAUUUCCAAUUUUUGACCAAAACCAUGGACUAACCCCUUCGCAAAAAUGCCAAUUUUGUGGGUUUUUGAAACCGAUGUUUUUCUUGUUCAGAAAGGCUUGUUUGCUAUAUAAAAUGUCCAAAAUCCUUUUUUCACGAUUUAUUUUUACGAUUUAUGACAUGGGAAUACCGGGGGUUACAAGGGGUUACAGGGGGUUACAAGGGAUUACAAGGGGUUACAGGGGGUUACAAGGGAUUACAAGGGGUGACAGGGGUGACAAGGGGUUAAGGGGGGGGUUACAAAGGAUUAUAGAAACUUUUUUCUAACUAGAACGUUCCCAGAUACUUUUUCUUGGUCUAUUUUGCAUAAAAAUCAAAGUUGAAGAAAUCUCUGAUUUUUGAUCAAAACGAUGGACUAACCCCUUUGGAAAAAUUCUAAUUUUGCGUUUUUCUCAAACAGUUGUUUUUAUAGUCUUUAAAGGCUUCUUUUUUAUCUAGAACGUCAGCAAACACUUUUUCUCGAUCUAUUUUUGAUAAAUACAAAAGAUGAAAAGACUUCAACUUUUUGACCAAAAUCAUGGAAAAAAUGCCAAUUUUGCCUUCUUUUUGAAUCCAUGUUUAUAUUGUCUAGAAAGGCUUCUUUUCUAACGAGAACGUCACCAAAUACUUUUUCUGGGUGUAUUUUGCAUAAAACGAAACGUUCACAAAAUUUCCAAUUUUUGACCAAAACCAUAGACUAACCUUUGCAAAAAUGCCAAUUUUGUGGGUUUUUCAAACCGAUGUUUUUCUUGUUCAGAAAGGCUUGUUUGCUAUAUAAAACGUCGAAGAUCGUUUUUUCACGAUUUGUUUUCACGAUCUAUGACAUGGGAAUACAGGGGGUUACCAGGGGUUACAGGGGGUUACAAGGGGUUACAAGGGGUUACAGGGGGUUACAAGGGGUUACAAGGGGUGACAGGGGUUAGAAGGGGUUACAGGGGUUUACAAAGGAUUAUGGAAACUUUUUUCUAACUAGAACGUUCCCAGAUACUUUUUCUUGGUCCAUUUUGCAUAAAAAUCAAAGUUGAAGAAAUCUCGCAUUUUUGAUCAAAACGAUGGACUAACCCCUUUGGAAAAAUUCUAAUUUUGCGUUUUUCGUAAACAGUUGUUUUUAUAGUCUUUAAAAGCUUCUUUUUUUAUCUAGAACGUCAGCAAACACUUUUUCUCGAUCUAUUUUUGAUAAAUACAAAACAUGAAAAAAACUUCAACUUUUGACCAAAAUCAUGGACUAUCCCCUUUGCAAAAAUGCCAAUUUUGCCUUCUUUUUAAAUCCAUGUUUAUAUUGUCUAGAAAGGCUUGUUUUCUAACGAGAACGUCACCAAAUACUUUUUCUGCGUGUAUUUUGCAUAAAACGAAACGUUCACAAAAUUUCCAAUUUUUGACCAAAACCAUGGACUAACCCCUUUGCAAAAAUGCCAAUUUCGUGGGUUUUAAAAACCAAUGCUUUUCUUGUUCAGAAAGGCUUCUUUGCUAUAUAAAACGUCGAAAAUCGUUUUUUUUCACGAUUUAUUUUUACGAUCUAUGACAUGGGAAUACAGGGGUUACAAGGGGUUACAGGGGGUUACAAGGGGUUACAAGGGGUUACAGGGGUUACAAGGGGUUACAAGGGGUAACAGGGGUGACAAGGGGUUACAGGGGUUACAAAGGAUUAUAGAAACUUUUUCUAACUAGAACGUUCCCAGAUACUUUUUCUUGGUCUAUUUUGCCUAAAAAUCAAAGUUGAAGAAAUCUCUAAUUUUUCAUCAAAACGAUGGACUAACCCCUUUGGAAAAAUUGUAAUGUUGCGUUUUUCGUAAACAGUUCUUUUUAUAGUCUUUAAAGGCUUCUUUUUUUAUCUAGAACGUCAGCAAACACUUUUUCUCGAUCUAUUUUUAAUAAAUACAAAAGAUGAAAAAACUUCAACUUUUUGACAAAGAUCAUGGACUAUCCCCUUUUUAAAAAUGGCAAUUUUGCCUUCUUUUUAAAUCCAUGUUUAUAUUGUCUAGACAGGCUUGUUUUCUAACGAGAACGUCACCAAAUACUUUUUCUGGGUGUAUUUGGCAUAAAACAAAACGUUCACAAAAUUUCCAAUUUUUGACCAAAACCAUGGACUAACCCCUUUGCAAAAAUGCCAAUUUUGUGGGUUUUUCAAACCGAUGUUUUUCUUGUUCAGAAAGGCUUGUUUGCUAUAUAAAAUGUCCAAAAUCCUUUUUUCACGAUUUAUUUUUACGAUUUAUGACAUGGGAAUACCGGGGGUUACAAGGGGUUACAGGGGGUUACAAGGGAUUACAAGGGGUUACAGGGGGUUACAAGGGGUUACAAGGGGUGACAGGGGGUGACAAGGGGUUACAGGGGGUUACAAAGGAUUAUAGAAACUUUUUUCUAACUAGAACGUUCCCAGAUACUUUUUCUUGGUCUAUUUUGCAUAAAAAUCAAAGUUGAAGAAAUCUCUAAUUUUUGAUCAAAACGAUGGACUAACCCCUUUGGAAAAAUUCUGAUUUUGCGUUUUUCGUAAACAGUUGUUUUUAUAGUCUUUAAAGGCUUCUUUUUUAUCUAGAACGUCAGCAAACACUUUUUCUCGAUCUAUUUUUGAUAAAUACAAAAGAUGAAAAAACUUCAACUUUUUGACCAAAAUCAUGGACUAUCCCCUUUGCAAAAAUGCCAAUUUUGCCUUCUUUUUAAAUCCAUGUUUAUAUUGUCUAGAAAGGCUUGUUUUCUAACGAGAACGUCACCAAAUACUUUUUCUGGGUGUAUUUUGCAUAAAACGAAACGUUCACAAAAUUUCCAAUUUUUGACCAAAACCAUGGACUAACCCCUUUGCAAAAAUGCAAAUUUUGUGGGUUUUUCAAACCGAUGUUUUUCUUGUUCAGAAAGGCUUGUUUGCUAUAUAAAACGUCGAAAAUCGUUUUUUCACGAUCUUUUUUUACGAUCUAUGACAUGGGAAUACCGGGGGUUACAAGGGGUUACAGGGGGUUACAAGGGGUUACAGGGGGUUACAAGGGGUUACAAGGGAUGACAGGGGGUGACAAGGGGUAACAGCGGGUUACAAACAAUUAUAGAAACUUUUUUCUAACUAGAACGUUCGCAGAUACUUUUUCUUGGUCUAUUUUGCAUAAAAAUCAAAGUUGAAGAAAUCUCUGAUUAUUGAUCAAAACGAUGGACUAACCCCUUUGGAAAAAUUCUAAUUUUGCGUUUUUCUCAAACAGUUGUUUUUAUAGUCUUUAAAGACUUCUUUUUUUAUCUAGAACGUCAGGAAACACUUUUUCUCGAAAUAUUUUUGAUAAAUACACAAGAUGAAAAAACUUCAACUUUUUGACCAAAAUCAUGGACUAACCCCUUUGCAAAAAUGCCAAUUUUGUGGGUUUUUUUGAAACCGAUGUUUUUCUUGUGCAUAAAGAAAGGCUUGUUCCAAUUUAUAUAAAAUGUCGAAAAUGCCAAUUUUUUUUCACGAUUUAUUUUUAUGAUCUAUGACAUGGGAAUACAGGGGUUACCAGGGGGGUUACAGGGGGUUACAAGGGGUUACAGGGGGGGUUACAAGGGGGGUGACAAGGGGUUACAGGGGGGAUUAUGACUAGAACGUUCCCAGAUACUUUUUCUUGGUCUAUUUUACAAAGUUGAAGAAAUCUCGAAUUUUUUAUGGAAAGGAUUAUAGAAACAGUUUUUUUAACUUUAGAACGUUCCCAGAUACUUUUUUUUCUUGGUCGAUUUUGCAUAAAUAAAAAUCUUUUGACCAAAAUUGAAGCAAAAAAAUUUUGCCUUCUUUUUAAAUUUUUGAUCAAAACGAUGGACUAACCCUUUUUUGAAAAAUUCUAAUUUUGCGUUUUUCGUAAACAGUUGUUUUUAUAGUCUUUAAAGACUUCUUUUUUAUCUAGAACAUCAGCAAACACUUUUUCUCGAUCUAUUUUUCAUAAAUACAAAAGAUGAAAAAACUUCAACUUUUUGACCAAAAUCAUGGACUAACCCCUUUGCAAAAAUGCCAAUUUUGUGGGUUUUUCAAACCGAUGUUUUUUUUGUUCAGAAAGGCUUGUUUGCUAUAUAAAACGUCGAAAAUCGUUUUUUCACGAUUUAUUUUCACGAUCUAUGACAUGGGAAUACAGGGGGUUACAAGGGGUUACAGGGGGUUACAAGGGGUUACAAGGGGUUACAGGGGGUUACAAGGGGUUACAAGGGGUUACAGGGGGUUAAAAGGGGUUACAAGGGGUGACACGGGGUGACAGGGGGUGACAAGGGGUUACAGGGGGUUACAAAGGAUUAUAAAAACUUUUUUCUAACUAGAACGUUCCCAGAUACUUUUACUUGGUGUAUUUUGCAUAAAAAUCAAAGUUGAAGAAAUCUCGAAUUUUUGAUCAAAACGAUCGACUAACCCCUUUGGAAAAAUUCUAAUUUUGCGUUUUUCGUAAACAGUUGUUUUUAUAGUCUUUAAAGGCUUCUUUUUUUAUCUAGAACGUUAGCAAACACUUUUUGUCGAUCUAUUUUUGAUAAAUACAAAAGAUGAAAAAACUUCAACUUUUUGACCAAAAUCAUGGACUAUCCCCUUUGCAAAAAUGCCAAUUUUGCCUUCUUUUUGAAUCCAUGUUUAUAUUGUCUAGAAAGGCUUGUUUUCUUACGAGAACGUCACCAAAUACUUUUUCUGGGUGUCUUUUGCAUAAAACGAAACGUUCACAAAAUUUCCAAUUUUUGAACAAAACUAUGGACUAACCCCUUUGCAAAAAUGCCAAUUUUGUGGGUUUUUCAAACCGAUGUUUUUCUUGUUCAGAAAGGCUUGUUUGCUAUAUAAAACGUCGAAAGUCGUUAUUUCAGGAUUUAUUUUCGCGAUCUUUGACAUGGGAAUACAGGGGGUUACCAGGGGUUACAGGGGGUUAUAAGGGGUUACAAGGGGUUACAAGGGGUUACAGGGGGUUACAAGGGGUUAAAAGGGGUUACAAGGGGUGACAGGCGAUGACAAGGGGUUACAGGGGGUUACAAAGGAUUAUAGAAACUUUUUUCUAACUAGAACGUUCCCAGAUACUUUUUCUUGGUCUAUUUUGCAUAAACAUCAAAGUUGAAGAAAUCUCGAAUUUUUGAUCAAAACGAUGGACUAACCCCUUUGGAAAAAUUCUAAUUUUGCGUUUUUAAACAGUUGUUUUUAUAGUCUUUAUUUUUCUUUUUAAAUCUAAACGUUCAGCAAAACUUUUUUCUCGAUCUAUUUUUGAUAAAUACAAAAGAUGAAAAAACCAACUUUUUGGACCAAAACAUGGAAAUCCCCUUUGCAAAAAUGCCAAUUUUGUGGGUUUUUCAAACCGAUGUUUUUUUCUUGUUCUAACGAGAAAGGCAAAUUUUUUGUGUAUAUAAAACGUCGACAAAAAUCGUUUUGCAAAAACGAUUUUUGGGUUUUCAUGUUUCUCUUGUUCAUGGGACAGGGGCUAUAUAAAACGUCGAAAAUCGUUUUUUCACAAUUUACUUUCACGAUCUAUGACAUGGGAAUACAGGGGGUUACCAGGGGUUACAGGGGGUUACAAGGGGUUACAAGGGGUUACAAGGGGUGACAGGGGGUGACAAGGGAUUACAGGGGGUUACAAAGGAUUAUAGAAACUUUUUUCUAACUAGAACGUUCCCAGAUACUUUUUACUGGUCUAUUUUUCAUAAAAAUCAAAGUUGAAGAAAUCUCGAAUUUUUGAUCAAAACGAUGGACUAACCCCUUUGGAAAAAUUCUAAUUUUGCGUUUUUCGUAAACAGUUGUUUUUAUAGUCUUUAAAGGCUUCUUUUUUAUCUAGAACGUCAGCAAACACUUUUUCUCGAUCUAUUUUUCAUAAAUACAAAAGAUGAAAAAACUUCAACUUUUUGACCAAAAUCAUGGACAAUCCCCUUUGCAAAAAUGCCAAUUUUGCCUUCUUUUUAAAUCCAUGUUUAUAUUGUCUAAAAAGGCUUGUUUUCUAACGAGAACGUCACCAAAUACUUUUUCUGGGUGUAUUUUGCAUAAAACGAAACGUUCACAAAAUUUCCAAUUUUUGACCAAAACCAUGGACUAAACCCUUUGCAAAAAUGCCAAUUUUGUGGGUUUUUGAAACCCAUGUUUUUCUUGUUCAGAAAGGCUUGUUUGCUAUAUAAAACGUCGAAAAUCGUUUUUUCACGAUUUAUUUUCACGAUCUAUGACAUGGGAAUACAAGGGGUUACCAGGGGUUACAGGGGGUUACAAGGGGUUACAAGGGGUUACAGGGGGUUACAAGGGGUUACAAGGGGUGACAGGGGUGACAAGGGGUUACAGGGGGUUACAAAGGAUUAUAGAAACUUUUUUCUAACUAGAACGUUCCCAGAUAUUUUUACUUGGUGUAUUUUGCAUAAAAAUCAAAGUUGAAGAAAUCUCUAAUUUUUGAUCAAAACGAUGGACUAACCCCUUUGGAAAAAUUCUAAUUUUGCGUUUUUCGUAAACAGUUGUUUUUAUAGUCUUUAAAGGCUUCUUUUUUAUCUAGAACGUCAGCAAACACUUUUUCUCGAUCUAUUUUUGAUAAAUACAAAAGAUGAAAAAACUUCAACUUUUUGACCAAAAUCAUGGACAAAAAUGCCAAUUUUGCCUUCUUUUUAAAUCCAUGUUUAUAUUGUCUAGAAAGGCUUGUUUUCUAACGAGAACGUCACCAAAUACUUUUUCUGGGUGUAUUUUGCAUAAAACGAAACGUUCACAAAAUUUCCAAUUUUUGACCAAAACCAUAGACUAAACCCUUUGCAAAAAUGCCAAUUUUGUGGGUUUUUGAAACCGAUGUUUUUCUUGUUCAGAAAGGCUUGUUUGCUAUAUAAAACGUCGAAGAUCGUUUUUUCACGAUUUAUUUUCACGAUCUAUGACAUGGGAAUACAGGGGGUUACCAGGGGUUACAGGGGGUUACAAGGGGUUACAAGGGGUUACAAGGGGUUACAGGGGGUUACAAGGGGUUACAAGGGGUGACAGGGGGUGACAAGGGGUUACUGGGGAUUACAAAGGAUUAUAGAAACUUUUUUCUAACUAGAACGUUCCCAGAUACUUUUUACUGGUCUAUUUUGCAUAAAAAUCAAAGUUGAAGAAAUCUCGAAUUUUUGAUCAAAUUGAUGGACUAACCCCUUUGGAAAAAUUCUAAUUUUGCGUUUUUCGUAAACAGUUGUUUUUAUAGUCUUUAAAGGCUUCUUUUUUAUCUAGAACGUCAGCAAACACUUUUUCUCGAUCUAUUUUUGAUAAAUACAAAAGAUGAAAAAACUUCAACUUUUUGACCAAAAUCAUGGACUAUCCCCUUUGCAAAAAUGCCAAUUUUGCCUUCUUUUUAAAUCCAUGUUUAUAUUGUCUAGAAAGGCUUGUUUUCUAACGAGAACGUCACCAAAUACUUUUUCUGGGUGUAUUUUGCAUAAAACGAAACGUUCACAAAAUUUCCAAUUUUUGACCAAAACCAUGGACUAACCCCUUUGCAAAAAUGCCAAUUUUGUGGGUUUUUGAAACCGAUGUUUUUCUUGUUCAGAAAGGCUUGUUUGCUAUAUAAAACGUCGAAAAUCGUUUUUUCACGAUUUAUUUUCACGAUCUAUGACAUGGGAAUACAAGGGGUUACCAGGGGUUACAGGGGGUUACAAGGGGUUACAAGGGGUUACAGGGGGUUACAAGGGGUUACAAGGGGUGACAGGGGGUGACAAGGGGUUACAGGGGGUUACAAAGGAUUAUAGAAACUUUUUUCUAACUAGAACGUUCCCAGAUACUUUUACUUGGUCUAUUUUGCAUAAAAAUCAAAGUUGAAGAAAUCUCGAAUUUUUGAUCAAAACGAUGGACUAACCCCUUUGGAAAAAUUCUAAUUUUGCGUUUUUCCUAAACAGUUGUUUUUAUAGUCUUUAAAGGCUUCUUUUUUUAUCUAGAACGUCAGCAAACACUUUUUCUCGAUCUAUUUUUGAUAAAUACAAAAGAUGAAAAAACUUCAACUUUUUGACCAAAAUCAUGGACUAUCCCCUUUGCAAAAAUGCCAAUUUUGCCUUCUUUUUAAAUCCAUGUUUAUAUUGUCUAGAAAGGCUUGUUUUCUAACGAGAACGUCACCAAAUACUUUUUCUGGGUGUAUUUUGCAUAAAACGAAACGUUCACAAAAUUUCCAAUUUUUGACCAAAACCAUGGACUAACCCCUUUGCAAAAAUGCCAAAUUUGUGGGUUUUUUAAACCGAUGUUUGUCUUGUUCAGAAAGGCUUGUUUGCUAUAUAAAACGUCGAAAAUCGUUUUUUCACGAUUUAUUUUCACGAUCUAUGACAUGGGAAUACAGGGGGUUACCAGGGGUUACAGGGGGUUACAAGGGGUUACAAGGGGUUACAAGGGGUUACAGGGGGUUACAAGGGGUUAAAAGGGGUGACAGGGGGUGACAAGGGGUUACAGGGGGUUACAAAGGAUUAUAGAAACUUUUUUCUAACUAGAACGUUCCCAGAUACUUUUUCUUGGUCUAUUUUGCAUAAAAAUCAAAGUUGAAGAAAUCUUGAAUUUUUGAUCAAAUUGAUGAACUAACCCCUUUGGAAAAAUUCUAAUUUUGCGUUUUUCGUAAACAGUUGUUUUUAUAGUCUUUAAAGGCUUCUUUUUUAUCUAGAACGUCAGCAAACACUUUUUCUCGAUCUAUUUUUGAUAAAUACAAAAGAUGAAAAAACUUCAACUUUUUGACCAAAAUCAUGGACUAUCCCCUUUGCAAAAAUGCCAAUUUUGCCUUCUUUUUAAAUCCAUGUUUAUAUUGUCUAGAAAGGCUUGUUUUCUAACGAGAACGUCACCAAAUACUUUUUCUGGGUGUAUUUUGCAUAAAACGAAACGUUCACAAAAUUUCCAAUUUUUGACCAAAACCAUGGACUAAAGCCUUUGCAAAAAUGCCAAUUUUGUGGGUUUUUGAAACCGAUGUUUUUCUUGUUCAGAAAGGCUUGUUUGCUAUAUAAAACGUCGAAAAUCGUUUUUUCACGAUUUAUUUUCACGAUCUAUGACAUGGGAAUACAGGGGGUUACAAGGGGUUACAGGGGGUUACAAGGGGUUACAAGGGGUUACAGGGGGUUACAAGGGGUUACAGGGGGUUACAAAGGGUUACAAGGGGUGACAGGGGGUGACAAGGGGUUACAGGGGAUUACAAAGGAUUAUAAAAACUUUUUUCUAACUAGAACGUUCCCAGAUACUUUUACUUGGUGUAUUUUGCAUAAAAAUCAAAGUUGAAGAAAUCUCUAAUUUUUGAUCAAAACGAUGGACUAACCCCUUUGGAAAAAUUCUAAUUUUGCGUUUUUCGUAAACAGUUGUUUUUAUAGUCUUUAAAGGCUUCUUUUUUAUCUAGAACGUCAGCAAACACUUUUUGUCGAUCUAUUUUUCAUAAAUACAAAAGAUGAAAAAACUUCAACUUUUUGACCAAAAUCAUGGACUAUCCCCUUUGCAAAAAUGCCAAUUUUGCCUUCUUUUUAAAUCCAUGUUUAUAUUGUCUAGAAAGGCUUGUUUUCUAACGAGAACGUCACCAAAUACUUUUUCUGGGUGUAUUUUGCAUAAAACGAAACGUUCACAAAAUUUCCAAUUUUUGACCAAAACCAUGGACUAACCCCUUUGCAAAAAUGCCAAUUUUGUGGGUUUUUGAAACCGAUGUUUUUCUUGUUCAGAAAGGCUUGUUUGCUAUAUAAAACGUCGAAAAUCGUUUUUUCACGAUUUAUUUUCACGAUCUAUGACAUGGGAAUACAGGGGGUUACCAGGGCUUACAGGGGGUUACAACGGGUUACAAGGGGUGACAGGGGGUUACAAGGGGUGACAAGGGGUGAGAAGGGGUUACAGGGGGUUACAAAGGAUUAUAGAAACUUUUUUCUAACUAGAACGUUCCCAGACACUUUUUCUUGGUCUAUUUUGCAUAAAAAUCAAAGUUGAAAAAAUCUCUAAUUUUUGAUCAAAACGAUGGACUAACCCCUUUGGAAAAAUUCUAAUUUUGCGUUUUUCGUAAACAGUUGUUUUUAUAGUCUUUAAAGGCUUCUUUUUUAUCUAGAACGUCAGCAAAUACUUUUUCUCGAUCUAUUUUGGAUAAAUACAAAAGAUGAAAAAACUUCAACUUUUUGACCAAAAUCAUGGACUAUCCCCUUUGCAAAAAUGCCAAUUUUGCCUUCUUUUUAAAUCCAUGUUUAUAUUGUCUAGAAAGGCUUGUUUUCUAACGAGAAUGUCACCAAAUACUUUUUCUGGGUGUAUUUUGCAUAAAACGAAACGUUCACAAAAUUUCCAAUUUUUGACCAAAACCAUGGACUAACCCCUUUGCAAAAAGGCCAAUUUUGUGGGUUUUUCAAACCGAUGUUUUUCUUGUUCAGAAAGGCUUCUUUGCUAUAUAAAACGUCGAAAAUCGUUUUUUCACAAUUUAUUGUCACGAACUAUGACAUGGGAAUACAGGGGGUUACCAGGGGUUACAGGGGGUUACAAGGGGUUACAGGGGGUUACAGGGGGGUAAAAGGGGUGACAGGGGGUGACAAGGGGUUACAGGGGGUUACAAAGGAUUAUAGAAACUUUUUUCUAACUAGAACGUUCCCACAUACUUUUUCUUGCUCUAUUUUGCAUAAAAAACAACGUUGAAGAAAUCUCUAAUUUUUGAUCAAAACGAUGGACUAACCCCUUUGGAAAAAUUCUAAUUUUGCGUUUUUCGUAAACAGUUGUUUUUAUAGUCUUUAAAGGCUUCUUUUUUAUCUAGAACGUCAGCAAACACUUUCUCUCGAUCUAUUUUUCAUAAAUACAAAAGAUGAAAAAACUUCAACUUUUUGACCAAAAUCAUGGACUAUCCCCUUUGCAAAAAUGCCAAUUUUGCCUUCUUUUUAAAUCCAUGUUUAUAUUGUCUAAAAAGGCUUGUUUUCUAACGAGAACGUCACCAAAUACUUUUUCUGGGUGUAUUUUGCAUAAAACGAAACGUUCACAAAAUUUCCAAUUUUUGACCAAAACCAUGGACUAAACCCUUUGCAAAAAUGCCAAUUUUGUGGGUUUUUGAAACCGAUGUUUUUCUUGUUCAGAAAGGCUUGUUUGCUAUAUAAAACGUCGAAAAUCGUUUUUUCACGAUUUAUUUUCACGAUCUAUGACAUGGGAAUACAGGGGGUUACCAGGGGUUACAGGGGGUUACAAGGGGUUAAAAGGGGUGACAGGGGGUUACAAGGGGUGACAAGGGGUGACAAGGGGUUACAGGGGGUUACAAAGGAUUAUAGAAACUUUUUUCUAACUAGAACGUUCCCAGAUACUUUUUCUUGCUCUAUUUUGCAUAAAAAUCAAAGUUGAAAAAAUCUCUAAUUUUUGAUCAAAACGAUGGACUAACCCCUUUGGAAAAAUUCUAAUUUUGCGUUUUUCGUAAACAGUUGUUUUUAUAGUCUUUAAAGGCUUCUUUUUUAUCUAGAACGUCAGCAAACACUUUCUCUCGAUCUAUUUUUGAUAAAUACAAAAGAUGAAAAAACUUCAACUUUUUGACCAAAAUCAUGGACUAUCCCCUUUGCAAAUAUGCCAAUUUUGCCUUCUUUUUAAAUCCAUGUUUAUAUUGUCUAGAAAGGCUUGUUUUCUAACGAGAACGUCACCAAAUACCUUUUCUGGGUGUAUUUUGCAUAAAACGAAACGUUCACAAAAUUUCCAAUUUUUGACAAAAACCAGGGACUAACCCCUUUGCAAAAAUGCCAAUUUUGUCGGUUUUUCAAACCGAUGUUUUUCUUGUUCAGAAAGGCUUGUUUGCUAUAUAAAACGUCGAAAAUCGUUUUUUCACCACUUAUUUUCACGAUCUAUGACAUGGGAAUACAGGGGGUUACCAGGGGUUACAGGGGGUUACAGAAGGUUACAAGGGGUUACAAGGGGUGACAGGGGGUGACAAGGGGUUACAGGGGGUUACAAACGAUUAUAGAAAAUUUUUACUAACUAGAACGUUCCCAGAUACUUUUCUUGGUCUAUUUUGCAUAAAAAUCAAAGUUGAAGAAAUCUCGAAUUUUUGAUCAAAACGAUGGACUAACCCCUUUGGAAAAAUGCCAAUUUUGUGGGUUUUUCAAACCGAUGUUUUUCUUGUUCAGAAAGGCUUCUUUGCUAUAUAAAACGUCGAAAAUCGUUUUUUCACCAUUUAUUUUCACGAUCUAUGACAUGGGAAUACAGGGGGUUACAAGGGGUUACAGGGGGUUACAAGGGGAUACAAGGGGUGACAGGGGGUGACAAGGGGUUACAGGGGGUUACAAAGGAUUAUAGAAACUUUUUUCUAACUAGAACGUUCCCAGAUACUUUUUCUUCGUCUAUUUUGCAUAAAAAUCAAAGUUAAAGAAAUCGCGAAUUUUUGAUCAAAACGAUGGACUAACCCCAUUGGAAAAAUUCUAAUUUUGCGUUUUUCGUAAACAGUUGUUUUUUGACAAGGGAUGACAAGGGGUUACAGGGGGUUACAAAGGAUUAUAGAAACUUUUUUCUAACUAGAACGUUCCCAGAUACUUUUUCUUGGUCUAUUUUGCAUAAAAAUCAAAGUUGAAGAAAUCUCGCAUUUUUGAUCAAAACGAUGGACUAACCCCUUUGGAAAAAUUCUAAUUUUGCGUUUUUCGUAAACAGUUGUUUUUAUAGUCUUUGAAGGCUUCUUUUUUUAUCUAGAACGUCAGCAAACACUUUUUCUCGAUCUAUUUUUGAUAAAUACAAAAGAUGAAAAAACUUCAACUUUUUGACCAAAAUCAUGGACUAUCGGGGAGUCCCCUUUGCAAAAAUGCCAAUUUUGCCUUCUUUUUAAAUCCAUUUUUAUAUUGUCUAGAAAGGCUUGUUUUCUAACGAGAACGUCACCAAAUACUUUUUCUGGGUGUAUUUUGCAUAAAACGAAACGUUCACAAAAUUUCCAAUUUUUGACAAAAACCAUGGACUAACCCCUUUGCAAAAACGCCAAUUUUGUCCGUUUUUCAAACCGAUGUUUUUCUUGUUCAGAAAGGCUUGUUUGCUAUAUAAAACGUCGAAAAUCGUUUUUUCACGAUUUAUUUUCACGAUCUAUGACAUGGGAAUACAGGGGGUUACCAGGGGUAAGGGUUUACAGGGGGUUAUAAGGGAUUACAAGGGGUUACAGGAGGUUACAAGGGGUUACAAGGGGUGACAGGGGGUGACAAGGGGUUACAGGGGGUUACAAAGGAUUAUAGAAACUUUUUUCUAACUAGAACGUUCCCAGAUACUUUUUCUUGGUCUAUUUUGCAUAAAAAUCAAAGUUGAAGAAAUCUCUAAUUUUUGAUCAAAACGAUGGACUAACCCCUUUGGAAAAAUUCUAAUUUUGCGUUUUUUGUAAACAGUUGUUUUUAUAGUCUUUAAAGGCUUCUUUUUUAUCUACAACGCCAGCAAACACUUUUUCUCGAUCUAUUUUUGAUAAAUACAAAAGCUGAAAAAACUUCAACUUUUUGACCAAAAUCAUGGACUUUGCAAAAAUGCCAAUUUUGCCUUCCUUUGAAAUCCAUGUUUAUAUUGUCUAAAAAGGCUUGUUUUCUAACGAGAACGUAACCAAAUACUUUUUCUGGGUGUAUUUUGCAUAAAACGAAACGUUCACAAAAUUUCCAAUUUUUGACCAAAACCAUGGACUAACCCCUUUGCAAAAAUGCCAAUUUUGUGGGUUUUUCAAACCGAUGGUUUUCUUGUUCAGAAAGGCUUGUUUGCUAUAUAAAACGUCGAAAAUCGUUUUUUCACGAUUUAUUUUCACGAUCUAUGACAUGGGAAUACAGGGGGUUACCAGGGGUUACAGGGGGUUACAAGGGGUUACAAGGGGUUACAGGGGGUUACAAGGGGUUACAAGCGGUGACAGGGGGUGACAAGGGGUUACAGGGGGUUACAAAGGAUUAUAGAAACUUUUUUCUAACUAGAACGUUCCCAGAUACUUUUUCUUGGUCUAUUUUGCAUAAAAAUCAAAGUUGAAGAAAUCUCGAAUUUUUGAUCAAAACGAUGGACUAACCCCUUUGGAAAAAUUCUAAUUUUGCGUUUUUCGUAAACAGUUGUUUUUAUAGUCUUUAAAGGCUUCUUUUUUAUCUAGAACGUCAGCAAACACUUUUUCUCGAUCUAUUUUUGAUAAAUACAAAAGAUGAAAAAACUUCAACUUUUUGACCAAAAUCAUGGACUAUCCCCUUUGCAAAAAUGCCAAUUUUGCCUUCUUUUUAAAUCCAUGUUUAUAUUGUCUAGAAAGGCUUGUUUUCUAACGAGAACGUCACCAAAUACUUUUUCUGGGUGUAUUUUGCAUAAAACGAAACGUUCACAAAAUUUCCAAUUUUUGACCAAAACCAUGGACUAAACCCUUUGCAAAAAUGCCAAUUUUGUGGGUUUUUAAAACCGAUGUUUUUCUUGUUCAGAAAGGCUUCUUUGCUAUAUAAAACGUCGAAAAUCGUUUUUUCACGAUUUAUUUUCACGAUCUAUGACAUGAGAAUACAGGGGGUUACAAGGGGUUACAGAGGGUUACAAGGGGUUACAAGGGGUUACAGGGGGUUACAAGGGGUUACAAGGGGUGACAGGGGGGUGACAGGGGGGUGACAAGGGGUUACAGGGGGUUACAAAGGAUUAUAGAAACUUUUUUCUAACUAGAACGUUCCCAGAUACUUUUUCUUGGUCUAUUUUUCAUAAAAAUCAAAGUUGAAGAAAUCUCUAAUUUUUGAUCAAAACGAUGGACUAACCCCUUUGGAAAAAUUCUAAUUUUGUGUUUUUCGUAAACAGUUGUUUUAAUAGUCUUUAAAGGCUUCUUUUUUAUUUAGAUCGUCAGGAAACACUUUUUCUCGAGCUAUUAUUGACAAAUACAAAAGAUGAAAAAACUUCAACUUUUUGACCAAAAUCAUGGACUAUCGCCUUGCAAAAAUGCCAAUUUUGCCUUCUUUUUAAAUCCAUGUUUAUAUUGUCUAAAAAGGCUUGUUUUCUAACGAGAACGUCACCAAAUACUUUUUCUGGGUGUAUUUUGCAUAAAACGAAACUUUCACAAAAUUUCCAAUUUUUGACCAAAACCAUGGACUCACGCCUUUGCAAAAAUGCCAAUUUUGUGGGUUUUUCAAACCGAUGUUUUUCUUGUUCAGAAAGGCUUGUUUGCUAUAUAAAACGUCGAAAAUCGUUUUUUCACGAUUUAUUUUUACGAUCUAUGACAUGGGAAUACCGGGGGUUACAAGAGGUUACAGGCGGUUACAAGGGGUUACAGGGGGUUACAAGGGGUUACAAGGGGUGACAGGGGGUGACAACGGGUUACAGGGGGUUACAAAGGAUUAUAGAAACUUUUUUCUAUCUAGAACGUUCGCAGAUACUUUUUCUUGGACUAUUUUGCAGAAAAAUCAAAGUUGAACAAAUCUCGAAUUUUUGAUCAAAACGAUGGAAAAAUUCUAAUUUUGCGUUUUUCGUAAACAGUUGUUUUAAUAGUCUUUAAAGGCUUCUUUUUUAUUUAGAACGUCAGGAAACACUUUUUCUCGAUCUAUUAUUGACAAAUACAAAAGAUGAAAAAACUUCAACUUUUUGACCAAAAUCAUGGACUAUCCCCUUGCAAAAAUGCCAAUUUUGCCUUCUUUUUAAAUCCAUGUUUAUAUUGUCUAAAAAGGCUUGUUUUCUAACGAGAACGUCACCAAAUACUUUUUCUGGGUGUAUUUUGCAUAAAACGAAACUUUCACAAAAUUUCCAAUUUUUGACCAAAACCAUGGACUAACCCCUUUGCAAAAAUGCAAAUUUUGUGGGUUUUUCAAACCGAUGUUUUUCUUGUUCAGAAAGGCUUGUUUGCUAUAUAAAACGUCGAAAAUCGUUUUUUCACGAUUUAUUUUUACGAUCUAUGACAUGGGAAUACCGGGGGUUACAAGAGGUUACAGGCGGUUACAAGGGGUUACAAGGGGUGACAGGGGGUGACAACGGGUUACAGGGGGUUACAAAGGAUUAUAGAAACUUUUUUCUAUCUAGAACGUUCGCAGAUACUUUUUCUUGGUCUAUUUUGCAGAAAAAUCAAAGUUGAAGAAAUCUCUAAUUUUUGAUCAAAACGAUGGAAAAAUUCUAAUUUUGCGUUUUUCGUAAACAGUUGUUUUUAUAGUCUUUAAAGGCUUCUUUUUUAUUUAGAACGUCAGGAAACACUGUUUCUCGAUCUAUUUUUGAUAAAUACAAAAGAUGAAAAAACUUCAAAUUUUUGACCAAAAUCAUGGACUAUCCCCUUUGCAAAAAUGCCAAUUUUGCCUUCUUUUUAAAUACAUGUUUUUAUUGUCUAGAAAGGCUUGUUUUCUAACGAGAACGUCACCAAAUACUUUUUCUGGGUGUAUUUUGCAUAAAACGAAACGUUCACAAAAUUUCCAAUUUUUGACCAAAACCAUGGACUAAACCCUUUGCAAAAAUGCCAAUUUUGUGGGUUUUUAAAACCGAUGUUUUUGUUGUUCAGAAAGGCUUCUCUGCUAUAUAAAACGUCGAAAAUCGUUUUUUCACGAUUUAUUUUCACGAUCUAUGACAUGAGAAUACAGGGGGUUACAAGGGGUUACAGGGGGUUACAAGGGGUUACAAGGGGUGACAGGGGGGUGACAAGGGGUUACAGGGGGAUACAAAGGAUUAUAGAAACUUUUUUCUAACCAGAACGUUCCCAGAUACUUUUUGUUGGCCUAUUUUGCAUAAAAAUCAAAGUUGAAGAAAUUUCAAAUUUUUUACCAAAACCGUGGACUAACCCCUUUGGAAAAAUUCUAAUUUUGCGCUUUUCGUAAACAGUUGUUUUUAUAGUCUUUAAAGGCUUCUUUUUUAUCUAGAACGUCAGCAAACACUUUUUCUCGAUCUAUUUUUGAUAAACACAAAAGAUGAAAAAACUUUAAGAUUUUGACCAAAAUCAUGGACUAUCCCCUUUGGAAAAACGCUAAUUUUGCCUUCUUUUUAAAUCCAUGUUUAUAUUGUCUAGAAGGGCUUGUUUUCUAACGACAACGUGAACGUCACCAAAUACUUUUUCUUGGUGUAUUUUGCAUAAAACGAAACGUUGACCAAAAUGUCAAAUUGUUGAUUAAAACCAUGGACUAACCCGUUUGGAAAAAUGCCAAUUUUGCGUUCUUUUUAAAUCCAUGGUUAUAUUGUCUAGAAAAGAUUUUUUUCUAACGAGAACGUCACGAAAUACUCUUUCUCACUGCACUUUUUAUAAAACGAAAUGUUAACAAAAUUUCAAAUCUUUGAUUAAUAUUAUGGACUAAUCCCUUUGGAAAAAUGCCAAUUUUGUGGGUUUUUUAAACUGAUGUUUUUAUGGUCGAAAAUCGGUUUUCUACGAUUUAUGUUCACGAUUUAUUAGAUGGGAAUACAGGGAGUUACAAGGGGUUACAGGGGAUUACAAGGGGUUAGACGAGGUUAUAAGGGGCGAGAGGGGGCUACAAAGGGUGACAGGAGGUGACAGGGGGUGACAAGGGGUUACAGGGGUUACAAGGGGUGACAGAGGGUGACAAGGGGUUACAGAGGGUUACAAGGGGUGACAGGGGGUUGCAAGGGGUUACAGGGACUUACAAA